ACUACGCAAAACUUCUAUGUCCGUCUCUGCACCUCCCAAUCUUUAGCUAAAAAGCUUACGAAUACGAUACAACUCGUUAGCAAGAUGAUGAUGUGGUGUGACCCUUCUCGUAUUAAAUCCUUAAUUUGCUAACAUGCUGACCUAGACUCCUCCUAGUUUAGAAACACACGAUUUUUUUUUAAAUGAUAAAAGUCAAAUUAAAUUUUUUAAAAUAAAUUUUGUUUUACGCAAAUAUUAAAAAGUUAAAUAUAUAACGUUUUAAUAUUUUUGGUACAAAACUGAGUAUAAUUGAAGAGAAUACCGAUCCUCCGACGGUGCCGCCGUAGACAGAGCCAAGAUGGAUCUGGAAACUGAAAAUAGACUAGCUGCUAUGCUUAUGAGGGAAGCAGCUGAAUUGCGGCGGCAGUCUGAAAAGGAAGGUGUUCUGGCUUAUCUUCAAAAGCCUAAUGUACGUAGUCGGCCAAAUUCACGUUUUCUCACUGCUACUGUACGUGGGGUACAACAAGCAAAUCGAGCUGUGGAAGUAAAUGAAAUGUGGCGAGCGCGGCAGAAAGAACUGGAGCUGGAUAAACGGGUUACAUGCACAUCAUCAAGAGAUAAAAGCAGUGAUGACAAAAGGCAUAGGGAUCAUUACUCAUCAAGAAGCUCAGGAAGACGUUCCAGGGAUGAUAUAAGCACUAGCGCCUCCACUUCAUGCUCAACUAAAAAAGAAUACGAGCAUACUCCAGAAGGUUUAAGGGAUGAAGAGCUUGAGGAGUUUCUACACUCAAGGAAGAAGCGAGGCAGAGGUGCUAUUGGUCCAAGGAUGGAUGAAACUGGGCCUUACCUUCCUCUAAAUCCUGAUGAAGAACCUUGUACUAGUCCAGAUGUAAGGGAACGUCGUGCUGUUUAUGGUCCGCCUAGGCCUUCAUCGUUGCAGUCAUAUGAAUUUUCUGAGGACGAGCUUCAUGAAGAAAAACGGAAAAAGAGUAAAAAGUCGCAUAAAAGCCACUUGGACAAGGGGCAUUCUAAGAAGCACAAGUCCAAAGAGAAAUCUAAGCAUAAGAAAAAGAAAAGGGAAGAGAAAAGAAGUAAACAUCAUCAUCGAUAAGGCUAUUCUGUAAUCUGAUAUAUUCUCAAAGUUGGAUGAAACUAAUGUUUAUGUAUUGUAGAAAUGGUUUCUGUAACAUCAAAUGCAAUUCCUGUUGGAGAUAUUAAUUCUCUUAGCUAUAGUAUGCAGGUGCUUCUUAAUUAAUUCCAUUUUGGAAUCUCAAAAUCAUGGCUUGAACAAAACUUACAAGAAAUAAUUGUACAAAACUCAAUUUAGAUUUUAGACACAAUUUUUUACCA